GGGUGCGAGCCAGAAAGUGAAACUUUUUUCUUUUCUUUUCUUUUCUUUCGUUUUGAGAACUUAGCAUUACUACUUUCUUUUCUUUCUUUCAGCUGUCGUCGGAGCCACCCACCGAUCCUCUCCAGAUCACUGCACUUCUUCUUCUUCUUCUCUCUCUCUCUCUCUCUCUCUCUGGUUUGCUUUGUUUUACUUUCUAUCUAUCUAUCUAUCUAUCUAUAAUUCUAUAUACUUCCUUCUACCUCGUUUUCCAAUUGAUUUCUUCCACCUCCAAUUUUAUACUUUGUUAUCAUUUCAUUUCCCUAUAUAGAUCGAUCAUAUACUUCACACGCCGCACUUUUCAUUGCUUCCAUAUAGAUCCAAUCAUCGAUUCCCGAUCUGAGUGAGCUCCACACUGCCAAUUUUAUAAUCUUCAAACCCUAAUUCCCAACCUUAUUUUCUCUUCCUUCCUGUAUGCGUCAUGUUUCUAACUUUUUUAUUAUGAGAGAUAUGCUCAAGACUGGGAGUUUUUCCCGUAAUUCAACUGGUAGUAGUAACACCACUAAGGCCGCCGCUGCAUCAGCUGCUGCCGCACUUAGACUCUCUUCACCUCAACAAUCUUUCAGACGUUUGGGAUUGUGUUCUCAGAUAUCAACUGCUGGUGAACAUUCCUCCCCUAUCGUCUUCCCCGAAAAACGAGGCAAAGUCAAGGCUUCCAAGAAACCCACCACCGAUGUCAUUCGCCAAUCCGGUGAUCAGGAUGCUGCAGCUAAGAAUUUUGAGCAUAGGAUUGACAUAGGAGCUGCUGCUGCUGCUGGAGAUGAGAAGUCUGAUUUGUUAGGGUAUGUCGUAUUCUCCGGAAAACUGGUUUUGGAUAAGAGAAAGAUUUCUGUAAAUAACAAUAACAAUGAUGCUCAACAAACUUCUUUCGAUACUACCAACCAAGCCGCCGUCGAUGCCAAACUAACAAGCAAAGCCUUACUUUGGGGAUCUCAUGUGCUCCACCUUGAUGAUGUCAUCUCGGUUUCUUAUCAUGCUGGUCUCAAACAUUUCACAGUGCACUCGUAUCCAAUGAAAAAAGCUUCAUGUGGUCUUUCUUGUUUUAUUAAAUCUCGAAGGAGUCGCAAAGACUUUCGUUUUGUGGCUUCAACAGUAGAAGAGGCAAUUCAGUGGGUUGGUGGAUUUGCUGAUCAACACUGUUUCGUUAACUGUCUACCUCACCCUUUAGUGUCUUCCAAGAAGCAAGCAUCCUCAGAAUUAUUUCAGACCGAUACCCCUCCUGAAUUGCUCUUUAGAUGCAAAACUCCACCUAAGAUGCUUGUAAUUUUAAACCCACGCUCAGGCCGAGGUCGUUCGAGUAAAGUUUUUCAUAGCGUUGUGGAACCAAUAUUUAGGCUUGCUGGGUUUAGAUUGGAGGUAGUCAAAACAACAUCUGCUGGUCAUGCCAGAAAUCUUGCAUCAACUGUAGACAUCAGCACUUGCCCUGAUGGAAUUAUAUGUGUUGGUGGUGAUGGGAUAAUCAACGAGGUUGUUAAUGGUCUCCUUAGUAGAGACAAUCAAAAGGAAGGAAUAUCUAUACCUAUUGGAAUUAUACCAGCUGGUUCUGAUAACUCACUCGUAUGGACUGUUCUUGGAGUUAGAGAUCCUGUUUCUGCAGCAAUGGCUAUUGUGAAGGGGGGCCUUACCGCUACAGAUGUCUUUGCUGUUGAAUGGAUUCAAAAUAAUAAAAUUCACUUUGGAUUAACAGUCUCAUAUUAUGGUUUUGUUAGCGAUGUGUUGGAACUUUCUGAAAAAUAUCAAAAGCGCUUUGGCCCACUGCGGUAUUUUGUUGCUGGAUUUCUCAAGUUCUUAUGCUUACCACGAUACAGCUAUGAAGUUGAAUAUCUUCCAGCAUCAAAAACUGAGAGAGAAGGAAAGCUUUCUGGUGAAAGGGAAGUAGUUGACAUGUCGGAGCUAUAUACUGACAUCAUGGGCAGAUCAAAUAAGGAUGGGAUGCCGAGGGCAUCUAGUCUUUCAAGUAUUGACUCAAUAAUGACUCCAAGUCGGAUAUCUGGUGGAGACCAGGAUACCUGUAGUAGUACUCAUGCUAGCACCGAACCUUCUGAGUUGGUGCGUGGCUUAGAUCCAAAGUCAAAACGCCUAUCAUCUGGAAGGAGCAAUAUCACAGCAGAGCCAGAAGUCAUCCAUCCACAGCUGCCUCUGUCAACAACUCCAAACUGGCCAAGAACCAGAUCUAAGUCAAGGAAUGAUAGAGGAUGGGCUGGAUUGACCACCACACACGAUAAUUCUAAAUGGGGAAAUGCAACAAAUGAUAGAGAGGAUAUAUCAUCUACACUGUCUGACCCAGGUCCUAUCUGGGAUGCUGAACCAAAAUGGGAUCCAGAGGCUAAUUGGGAUGUGGAAAAUCCAAUUGAGUUGCCAGGGCCACCAGAUGAUACAGAAGUAGGAUCCACAAAGGAGGUUGUGCCUCAUUUUGGAGACAAAUGGGUUGUUUCAAAGGGACAGUUUGUUGGUAUUCUGGUUUGCAACCAUGCCUGUAGAACUGUUCAGAGCUCUCAGGUGGUUGCUCCCAAGGCUGAGCAUGACGAUAACACUCUAGAUCUGAUCAUGGUUCAUGGGAGUGGAAGGCUGAGGCUGUUAAGAUUUUUCUUACUUCUACAGAUGGGUCGACACCUUUCACUACCAUAUGUUGAAUAUGUGAAGGUAAAGUCUGUCAGAAUAAAGUCUGGGAAACACACUCACAGUGGAUGUGGGAUUGAUGGCGAGCUUUUUGCACUCAAUGGACAAAUAAUUUCUUCUUUGCUUCCAGAACAGUGCAGGCUUAUUGGUCGCUUCCGUGUAUGAUUAGUGUGGGUUCUUUUUAAUUCUUUGACGGGUUUUGUGCUUUAGAUUGUGACCCUGUUUCUCCAUAUCAGUAAUCUGAUCCGCACAUGUUCAGUCAGUCUCCUAUCUAUUUCUACAACAUGGUGCGAAAGUCUGGAGAUGAUUUUUGGUCUACAUUCAAGUACUCCGUAUUAAAGGUGAUUCAAGGGUAACUUGUCUAACCAUAGGGAUCAACCGUGAACUACCAAAUCGUUCACCAAAUCACCUAGCACUAGCAGUAAUUAAUUAAAAUUGAUGAAGUAUUGAAGUCCUAAAAGAAUGUUGCUGUAAUUAAUUUUGUUUGUUGACAAAUUACUGUAGGUGGGACUGCAGCAAGAUUUUAUGUAAUCAAUUAUAUAUCUUCAAUAAACGUGGGUAGGGAUUGAUUAAGUUAUCUAAAUGCGUGGUCAUCUGCGGGAAAA